CCGUCUCCCACCUCUGUCUGCCUGCUGCCUCUUGUCUAGCUGCUGUCAGGAGCUGACUGCCUCCGGGGCUGGAAUCCUGUGCUCCCUCUGUGCCCAGAACCCCACGAUGUCCGCCAACGCCACGCUGAAGCCGCUCUGCCCCAUCCUAGAGGAGAUGAGCCAUCUCCGGAGCCACAGCAACACCAGCAUCCGCUACAUCGACCACGCGGCCGUGCUGCUGCACGGGCUGGCCUCGCUGCUGGGCCUGGUAGAGAACGGAGUCAUCCUCUUCGUGGUGGGCUGCCGCAUGCGCCAGACCGUGGUCACCACCUGGGUGCUGCACCUGGCACUGUCUGACCUGUUGGCCUCUGCUUCCCUGCCCUUCUUCACCUACUUCUUGGCCGUGGGCCACUCGUGGGAGCUGGGCACCACCUUCUGCAAACUGCAUUCCUCCAUCUUCUUUCUCAACAUGUUUGCCAGCGGCUUCCUGCUCAGCGCCAUCAGCCUAGACCGCUGCCUGCAGGUGGUGUGGCCGGUGUGGGCGCAGAACCACCGCACCGUGGCCGCAGCGCACAAAGUCUGCCUGGUGCUCUGGGCGCUAGCGGUGCUCAACACGGUGCCCUAUUUCGUGUUCCGGGACACCAUCUCACGGCUGGACGGGCGCAUCAUGUGCUACUACAACGUGCUGCUCCUGAACCCGGGGCCUGACCGCGACGCCACGUGCAACUCGCGCCAGGCGGCCCUGGCAGUCAGCAAGUUCCUGCUGGCCUUCCUGGUGCCGCUGGCGAUCAUCGCCUCGAGCCAUGCGGCCGUGAGCCUGCGACUGCAGCACCGUGGACGCCGGCGGCCCGGCCGCUUUGUGCGCCUGGUGGCGGCCGUCGUGGCGGCCUUCGCACUCUGCUGGGGGCCCUACCACGUGUUCAGUCUGCUGGAGGCACGGGCGCACGCCAACCGCGGGUUGCGGCCGCUUGUGUGGCGCGGGCUGCCCUUCGUCACCAGCCUGGCCUUCUUCAACAGCGUGGCCAACCCGGUGCUCUACGUGCUCACCUGCCCCGACAUGCUGCGCAAGCUGCGGCGCUCGCUGCGCACGGUGCUGGAGAGCGUGCUGGUGGACGACAGCGAGCUGGGUGGCGCGGGAAGCAGCCGCCGCCGCCGCCGCACCCCCUCCACGGCCCGCUCGGCCUCCUCCUUAGCUCUCAGCAGCCGCCCCGAGGAACGGCGGGGCCCCGCGCGCCUCCUCGGCUGGCUGCUGGGCGGCUGCGCAGCGUCCCCGCAGAGGGGCCCCCUGAAUCGGGCGCUGAGCAGCACCUCGAGUUAGAACCCGGCCCGGGUAGGGCAGCGCUCACACGUGAAAGCAUCACCAGGGCACUGCGGUUCAACUUGAUAUCCGGACUCCAGCCACAGUGAUCAAAGUCGGAGGGGGCGGGACCCAGGCAUCUGCAUUUUAAAGCGCCCCGGGAGACUCUGAAUCUUUUUCAGAAACAGUGAGUUAAAGCAGUGCUUCUCAAACUUUGAUGUGCCUGUGAAAAACCUCGGGGGUCUUGUUAAGUGCAGGCUGAUUCAGGAGGCCGGGCCGGGUGCUGAGAGUCUGCAUUUAACAAGCUCCCAGGCCGCGAAGCCAGUGCGGCAGGUUCACAGAGGAGGCCUGGAGUAACACAAAGUGAAACUCAUAAUAGACUUCCCACACUAGGGCUGUGGAGUCGGAAGGGCACACGGGCGUCUCCCUGGAGCUCAGUUUUACCAGAUGAUGGGAGAGGGAGUCUUAUGUUAAACCAGCUAUGCAUUUUUGGAGAAGAGAGAGGCAAGGUUUGAGAAGCACUGUUCCAGUCGGCCCUCUUUAUUUAGCCAGUGCUUACUGCCCUAGACGCUUUAUCCCACAAUCUUAAGGAGCAGCUUCUAUUAGCCAGUCUUUACAGCUGAGCACAUUCUGGCUCAGGGAGGUUAAGUGACGUGCCCAGUUUCAGGACUAAGGACCACAGGGGUCUGCACUGUAUGUAACCCUAGGCAUCACAUGCUCAAUGACUCUGGUGAGCGAGGACAUUCUCUGACUUACUGGAGGGACCUAAGAUGCUACCCUGUGACCCAGCACUGCCCAAAGUGCUUCCAAGGCAGAAGCAGCAGGGGAUGGCGUGGUCAAGCACUCGGGAAACCUGGGGCUAAUCAAAUCCAACAGGGGAAAUGACUAAGUCUUCGGUCUUUAGAAUUUGAAUGGGCACAGCAACUCCGAGACUACAGCACGUGUCAUUUCUUAGCUGAGCUGACCAGCCUCCCUGCAGGCCUGGUAUUCUGUGGGAUACCACUGGGUAUCCCCUGGGCACUGGUAAUCCCAAGAUCUGUGCAGCCCCCGCCUCCAGGCUGCAUGGGGCUGGGCAGCUACCAUUUCCCAUUUGUGGGUAGAAGGGGUAACUUGCAUUUCUGACCUACCACUUCCACUGCACCGCGUCUCAUUCCUCCAUCUGCCAUGGACUUGGGGUCAGAGACUGCUGGGUUUGAGCUCUGCGGCCCAGGGACUGAAAAACUGGUGCCAGUGAAUUCUGCUUGGUGGACGAAACGUCAGUGGAAGAAGCAGAUGAGAACCUCUUGAGAUCUUGGUCCUGUAUUUUUUUCUGCCACCAAAGCCAGGGUCACUGAAGGCCUGGCCCACAGCAGGCGUUGAGCAAAGGGAACAGUGAGGUGCCCAGCUAGCUGUAUUGACACCCUGUAUUGACACCCCACCCCUGCUCCCUCCUAUCCCUUCCCCCUUUACUCAUAGCACUUCCCCCAUUGAACACGUGGUGCAUUUUGUUUGUUUAUUAUGUUUCCUCUCCAUUAGAAUGAAAGCUCCUCGAGGGCAGGGACUUUGGUCUAUUGUCUGUAUUUGCUGGUGCCUAGGAUUGUGCCUGUAUGCAAUAGGCACUCAAUAAACAUUUUUGCUGUAGACUGGA